AUGAAGGCAUUCGAUGAAGCCUGGUGUCUGCCGUGUGUGCUUCUGCUUUGUUCAUGCGACUCGGACAUAAAGUCUGCGACUCUUCCAGGUCAUCUAAAGCCACUAGGGUCGCAGGGCCCCGCUCUUACAGUCGAGGAAAUGUUGAAUUUUCCGAAUGGUCGAACUUUUCAUUGGUACACUAAAGAGUCUCAACCGUUCGUAGUAAAAGGGGGAUGUAAGGACUCUCUAGCUUAUGAUCGGUGGACCGACGAGUACUUGCGAUCAAAAGAGGGCGUGAACAGAGAGAUUGUGACAGUAGAGUUUGGGAAGACGGAGAUUCGGACGGAAAGUAGAAGAUACUACACAAUGAAGGAAUUUCUGAAGGUUUACAAGAUAAAGGAUAUCAAUUUGGUAACUACAGUGCCGAAGUACAUUAGGUGGGACAUCUAG